AUGCUGCAGUGCAGGCCGGCCCAGGAGUUCAGCUUCGGCCCGCGGGCCCUGAAGGAGGCGCUGGUGUCCAGCGACCCGGCCCUGCGACGUCUCUACGCGGCUGCCUUCACCCCUGCGGAGAGGCUGUUCCUGGCCGAGGCCUACAACCCCCAGAGGACCCUCUUCUGCACGCUGCUCAUCCACACGGCCUUCGACUGGCUCCUCAGCCGUCCCGAGGCCCCCGAGGACUUCCAGACCUUCCACGCCUCGCUGCCGCCCCGGAGGCAGAGCCCUGCCCGGAAGCACAUCUACCUGCAGCCCAUCGAUCUGAGCGAGGGCCCGGCGGGUGGCGCUCUGCUGGAGUACCUGCGCGACUGCACGGAGGCCUUCUUCCUGGGCUUGCAGGUCCGGUGCCUGCCCUCGGUGGCGGCCGCGUCCAUACAUUGCUCCUCACGUCCCAGCCAGGACUCCGACAGGCUCCAGCUCCACACGGACGGGAUCCUGUCUUUCCUGAAGAGCAGCAAGCCGGGCGACGCGCUGUGUGUGCUGGGCCUCACGCUCUCUGACCUGUACCCCUGCGAGGCCUGGAGCUUCACGUUUGGCAAGUUCCUGCCGGGGCACGAAGUGGGUGUUUGCAGCUUUGCCCGUUUCUCGGGGGAGCUCCUGCAGCCGGGGCCUGGCGCCUCGGAGGCAGCCCCGGUCCAGGCGGCAGCCGACGGCCCUGGGACACCAGUGCAGGACCCAGGCCAGACACUGUGCUUCAGCGCCCUGGGGCUGGCCCAGUGCUGCAAGGUCACCUGCCACGAGCUCUGUCACCUGCUGGGCCUGGGGAGCUGCCGCUGGCUGGGCUGCAUCAUGCAGGGGGCGCUCAGCCUGGAGGAGGCCCUGCGGCGGCCCCUGGACCUCUGUCCCAUCUGUCUGCGGAAGCUGCAGCACGUCCUGGGCUUCAAGCUCAUCGACAGGUACAAGAGACUUUACGCCUGGACUCGAGCCGGGUCGCGGCCCGACGUGGAUGCAGGGGCGCCGUCCGCCUCGGACGAGACUCCGCCCUGCAGCGCCGACUCGGGCCUGAGCUGCGACAGCGGGUCGGAGCCCCUGACCCCUGACACGUGGAGCCACACCUUGUCCGCGGGCCCCGAGCCGGAGCCCGAGGAGGGGCUGGGCUCCCCGGCCGUCCCGCACAGCCCGCCUGGGUGCGGCCCCGCCGUCGACGCCAUCAGGGAGCACGGACGGUGGCUGGAGCGCUGCAUCCGGGCCCUGGAGCGGGAGGUGACGGAGGAAGAGCUGGCGCAGGUGGACGGCGCCGUGGAGGCCCUGGCGGGGUGGGAGAUGUUCACGGGGCGGCUCCCGGCCCCCAGGCAGGACCCGCCCUGCGGCCGAGACGGCGCGGGGCUGCGCCGGGUCCUGGGCGACACGUUCUCCUCCCUGAGGAGGAAGCUGAGCGCGCGCAAGCCGUCCAAGGCGGGCUCGUCCCCCGGCCGCUGGCGGGAGGAGGGGAAUUAGACGGGGGCCCACAGCCCGGCACUGUCGGCCGGGCGGAGAAUAUCGCGUGGGGCCCUGCGUCCUGCCCCCUCACCCCGGCCCCUGCGGAGGGUCCUCCGGCCCAGCCUGGACGGCGGCUGGCGGCUUCCUGGGGCCCAACCCCUGUGCCCAU